AUGUCUGACAGAGACGCAAGCAUCUCGUGCUCUCCACCUGUCCGUCGACACCUUCCCGCGCCAACAUCACUGCACCACCACUUUACGCGCAAAGGCUACCUCUCCGUGUCCGACCUCGUUGGUCCAUCAUGGUGCGAGUACAACUACCAAUACGGCAUCCUCUCGCUUUCGCACCUGCCCCCCUCGCUGCGUCCUGCGAUGAUCACCACUGAAUCCGGAUAUACACUCUCUGCUGCGCCCCAACUCGUCGCGCAGAAGGAAUCCACGCUUCGCGCGGGCAAAGCCGUUCAUGCGGUGCUCGAGCGUCAAGUGGCGUCGGUCCAGGUGGUGGUUGAGACCGAGACCAAGCACGAUAGCUGGGCUUUGAGGCUUUUGAAUCUUUGGUGUAAUCUGAUGGCGUUGGUACAGAUGAACGCGCCCAAUGAGCGAAUGCACAACGCCAAGCAGAAUGCAUGUGCCAGAGAGAUCCCAGUCUACGGUUGGGUUCACGGCGUCCUGGUGAUGGGCGUGAUAGACGAGAUCGAAAAGCGAAUCACAACCUCGAGCACCGCCCAGGCAGACAAGCACAAGACAUGGCGUAGUCAAGAAGAAUGGAGGAAGGAUCCAUCGCGAAAAUCGUCCAGCACCAGUUCUCAGAAAUCCAAGCAGAGCUGCGCUACAUCAACACGUCCACUAACAGCCUUCUUCAGUACACGCCCAUCUCAAUCAUCGUCGCCGGCAGCGUCGAUAGAGGCUCAGCCUUCCACCAGCCACAUGGGCUGGGGUUACUUUCUGUCCGACACCAAAACUCGAUUCUCGUCCUGGCUUCCAUCCGAAGAAGACCAGUUCGGCGCGCGUAUGCAGUGUAUGACGUACAAACGCCUCUUUGACGGUCUGCUGCUUGGCGCCCUCCUCGCCUCUUCCAACAACACCACCCGUGACAAGAAGAUCUUUUCCUUCGAUGUCCAUGCAACGCCGAUGAACUGGAGAGACACAUUCGCUUCACUCGACUUGGACCCUGACCAACCGCUCUCGGCUGGUUUCCUACGAGACGCCGAAUCGGUGUGCGAGAGUUGGGGUGUGGAUCUGCAAGCAUGGGUAGAGCAGAACGAUGCAGAUGUGUGUACCUUGAAUCAUGUCAUAUUGCUGUUGGAAGAUGGGUUGCGGGGGCUGGCAAUGGAUGCGCAGAGGGGUGCGGCGGGAGACGAGCAAGGAGGAUCGAGCGUGGAGGUGAUCCAAGAUACAUUGGCGUUGACAUACAGAAGACAGAUGCAGCGUGGGAGGCGCGCGAAGCGAAAGAAGCCGAUCGGUGGACGUCGUUUGACUCGCACUUCAACGUCUGAGGUGGCAAAGAUGGCCAAAGAGGUAUCGCAGACCACCCUGGAUGAACAGGGUGUCGGAGUCAACGGCGGACUGCAAGUCAACGAAAUUGUAGAGAACGAGAUGGACGAUGACGAUCAGCUUGUCGACGACGUGCACCCGCCAGAAACGCAGGAGGACACGCAAGCUGCCACCGAAUCCAAGUGCGACCUCAACUCGCUCGAUGGCCUUGGCGGACACAAGGAUGCACAGCACGCGAUUCAACAAACGCUAACUUCUCAUCGCAAGCGCGCCAGCUCCUCCACUCCUCCUCCUCCUUUGAAAUCAUCCGCAGCCGCGACAUCGCCCAUCAUCGGAAUCGUCUCGUUCACCCAUGACGCUCAAACACUCGACGCCUAUCUCGAAUGUAUCCUCCUUCUGUGGAACGGCCAACGCCAACCUGUUGGUGUAGCACCGCACCAAACCAGACGGUGUUGGACAUGCGAGUGGAUCCAAGGUUGCGAAUGGAGGGCCAAACAAGCGCAACGCUCGGUGCUCACUGGUCGAUCUCAGAGUGGCAUCGGAGAGGCGCGUGUCGGUGUGCAACUUGAGCUUUCGCAGGACGCGACCGAAGUUCGAGACGUGCAGCAUGCAAAAAAAGAGCAAGAAGACGAGUUCUGGUCGACGCUCGAUUACGAUUCCAUCCAAGUGCGUGAUGCUAACGGCAACCUUGUUGCUUGGUAG